AUGGCGGCACUUCCGCCGUCCAAUUUUGGUCCCGAAUCGUCGCAAUACUCCACAGAAUUCGGCCAGUCUCAAAUGGAAUUCAUGGCUGGUGAAAGUGGUGCCGCUGCCGAAAACACUAGCACCGGAGAAAGCAACUUCGUUCCCCGCCCCAAGCGCAUCGCAUGUGUUGUCUGUCGGAGGAGGAAACUAAGGUGUGAUGGGAGACGACCCAGCUGUGGGACUUGCUCACGUCUGGGACAUGAAUGUUCUUACGAUGAAGUGCGCAAGAAGAGUGGUCCCAAACGGGGAUAUGUCAAGCAGCUUGAAGCGCGAUUAGCUCAAGUAGAGACUCUUCUCAAAGGCCAGGAUCCGGAACCCACCCAACGAACCUCCCCACCUCAACCAUUGGAGAACGCAUUCACAGCACCCAUCGCCGAUGAAUCUAUACUGGAUUUGCCUGACCUCUCGGACCUGGGAGGUAUUGGAGGUAACAUGGAUAGCUCAUUUCCAGCUUCCACUGCCUCCGGCGCAGGCCAGCCAAGCCAAAUGUUAUAUCCUCCGCCGCCAACUACCCAGGGUGGUGGCAACUCUCAAUGGGACUUGAUCAGUCUAGGACUGGAGGAGCCCCUUCCUUCACAGGACGUGAUCGAUGAACUGGAUGCUUUAUUCUUCGAGAAAAUCUAUCCAAUGAUGCCCAUCAUCCACCGCCCCCGUUAUUAUGCAGCCUUGAAUCUCCCCCCUAAUAUGCGACCACCGAUCUGCCUGCGAUACAUUAUGUGGUGCAAUGCCGCAUCCGUCAGUGACAAAUACUUCUUUCUACACAAUCAUUUCUACCAGCGGGCACGCAAGUAUGCCGAGAUGGACGAAAUGAAAGGAUUCGGAGAGAACAUCGUCAGUUUAGCACAUUGCCAAACAUGGAUAUUUAUCGGCACAUAUGAAUUCCGAAUGAUCUUCUUCCCACGCGCCUGGCUGAGUGUUGGUAAAGCUGCAAGACUAGCACUGAUGCUGGGAUUGAAUCGGCUUGAUGGUGUUGGUCUCGACGUCAAACAAUCCAUUUUACCACCGAAAGAUUGGACAGAACGCGAAGAACGUAGAAGAGUCUUCUGGGGCGCCUUUGCCACAGAUAGGUAUUCGAGCGUUGGAACCGGUUGGCCCAUUCUUAUUGAUGAGAACGAUAUCAUGACCAACCUACCCGCAUCCGAAGAAUCCUUUACCAAGAGCAAGCCACAACGAACACUUCAUCUGAACGAUAUCAUUACUGGAGAGGGUGUCUCUACACUAGCCCCUUUUGCAUGCGUGAUGGUUUUGGCAAGUCUUUUCGGUCGCAACCUUGUACACAUUCAUCGGCCUCAGCCCCAAGACAACGAUCAUGACCUCAAUGGGGAGUUUUGGAAGCGCCACAGAAGCCAUGAUAACAUUCUUCUGCACAUUUCGCUCUCGUUGCCUGAUCAUCUUCGACUUCCAAGUGGUAUGUCGGACGUGAACGUCAUUUUCGCCAAUAUGAGCAUCCACACUUCAACCAUAUGUCUUCACCAAGCGGCAAUAUUCAAGGCCGAAAAGAACAAGAUGCCGAAUCAGAUUACGACCGAGAGCAAGCGCAGAUGUCUUGUCGCCGCGAACCAGAUUUCUAGUACCAUGAAGAUGAUCAGCCAUGUUGAUUUGACGAGCCUAAAUCCUUUCAUGUCAUUUUGUCUCUAUAUUGCUGCUCGUGUCUUUGUGCAGUAUCUUAAAUCCCGACCAGAGGAUUCGAGUGUUCAUUCCUCGUUGCAAUUUCUCGUCUCCGCUCUGAACGCCAUGAAGAACAAAAACCCUCUGACCGAGUCCUUUCUUGUUCAAUUGGAUGUUGAUCUUGAUGGAACUGGUAUUCGCGCUUUGGACGAUAGACAGAAAUCCAACACGUGUGCUGCAUAUUCGAUGGUACAACCAUACUGCCACGAUAAUGUCGACUGUACUCCUAUUUACAACCUCCGCCAAACACAAGGGGCCGCAAAGGAGGUGUCUCCACAAUACAAUACCAAUCGCGGUGGCAGUCAACAGCCUAUGCCUGCCAGUUUGACGACGUCCCUCCCUAGCCGGAACAGGGACUCAACGACACAGCCCGCCGCAGGACCAGUCUAUAAUGGCGAUGACACACGUCACUUUUUCGGAACUUCCAUUCAGGCGACAGGUCCAAAAAUGGACCAAGCCGGGCCACCAGGGGCCAUUAUCGAUUUGGACAUGGAUUUUCCGCCUGAUUUCGGCAACCUCAGUGACAGAAACAAUCCACCAUCAGACCAUCCCACCCCCUCAACGUUGAAUUCAUCCUCCAACACCUCCUAUUCAAUCAACGGCGCUGACGACCCACCUCCCGGAAACAAAAGCCAAAAGACAAACCCGGUAUAUCCGAGUCAGGGGUCGGCCCCGCCCUUUGAUAAGGUCAAUCCAAACAUCAUGCCACAAGGAAACACAAACCCGCAAGCCACUGAUAUGGGUUCUAUGGCUGGUCGUUUUUAUCCCAACAGCUCUGAUAGCCCGUCAGUUGGCACAGGAGCCUCGGGAAUAUUCUCCAUGCCUUCUGCGUGGGACCUUCCAACCCCAAAUCCAGAAGCGGGCAAUGAGGACUUUGGCAAUCUGAACAUGGAGAAUUUCAGUGAAUCUCAAUGGGCCCAAAUGCUGAAUACUCAAAUCCAGGGUGAAAAUGCGGCCAACAAUGGCUGGGACAACUGGCGGUCAUCGUGA